AACUCAGCUGAAACAGUUGCUGACUGUUAGUGUGACCACAGAGUUCCUGGACCAUGAAGCCUGUGGUCCUCCAGGAUUAUAUCUGUUCCCUGGACCAAGCCUCCCUCCCUCGAAUCCUGAAGAUAUGCUCCGGGGUAUAUUUUCAGAGCUCCAUCUAUGAUCUCUCUGGGAUUGAGUGCUGUUUGUCCACUGGAGACCUCAUAAAAAUCAUCCAGAUUAAUCUCAAGAAAGUGAUCUGUAAGAACCCCGAAACGGGCCACAUCACCGAGCUUCCUCCUGACUUCCCAGGCUACUUCAGCUCAACUGUCAAACCUAAGCUCUAUGGUACCCUGAACCAGCUGAUGUCUGCUGCCACCAAAAAUGGGCCACUACCCAUCUACUUCAGCUCAGUGCAUGACAUUGAAGUAGAGGGCAGUGUGGUGCCCAGAGACCAGCCCCUUGUGCUGAUGGCUGUGGAGACAUACCAGGGUAUCCCCUAUGUGUACUGCAUGAUGGACUCAGGAAACCACAAGUUCACCACAUACCUACCUCUGUCUCUGCAAGGGACUUUUUACAACUGGGGACCAGGCUUCCCACAGACAUUACUCCAGACAUUGCAGGACCCUGUUCUGCUGGAUCAACCCUGUAUCUGCCCCACUCUCCACUGGAACCCCCUGAGCCUCCAACCUGAGUAUGAGAUUGAUGCCAUCAUGCAGACGCGUACAGACAUCGUGAAGAUCCCUUCUACCCUGGAAGUGGACGUGGAGGACGUCACUGAAGCCUUGGAACAUCAUCAACACUUCAUCAAACCUUUGCUGCUAAGUGACGUCUUGGCCCAGGAUGGGCCUUUCCCAAUGCGGGCAGUGAUCCUAGAAGUCCCCGAUGGUCCCCCUAUCUUUCAUAGGUCCCUGAAAAAGGGUCAGGAGCUCCUGAUUCAUGGCCCAGCCUCCCCACCAUGGCGGGUACUGGCGUCCAGUAGGAGCCGAAAAACCCCCAGACACUUCUUCAUCUCAGGAGCCUACCAGGGCAAAUUGAGGCGCCGGCCCCGAGAAUUCCAUACAGCUUUUGAUCUCCUGGCUGCCUUGGCACCUGGCUUUGCACUCUGUGUGGUGGCCACACAAGACUGGGAGGGUGAGGAGAGUGACUCCACUUCCCCUUCCCUUUUCAGAGGUGACCGAGUGGAGGUGUUAAGGAAGGACGAGGGCCCCGAUGGGGAGGUUCUGGUCUGUAAUCGACUGAGUGAUCUGGCUGGAGAGGAGGAAGAGGAAGAACAAAGAGAGGAAAAGGAACAACUCUUGCUGCCUCUCUACUCCUCUUGUGGUUUUGUAGAAGAGAUGAGCGAUGGGAAACGCUACAGUCUGGCCAACCUAAUGACCCAGGUCCCACUGCCCUGUGAGGUUAAGGUCUUGGGCAAGGACCCUUCCCUUUCUGAGGACCCACUGUCCUCUUUACUUGGCCUACGGCUGGAGGAGAAGAUCACAGAACCCUUCCUGACCAUCAGUCUAUCCACUGAUCCCAGAAUGUGCUUUGAGAUCCCCCCCAGAUGGCUAGACCUGACUGUGGUGGUGGUCAGUGAGCCACUGGAGGAGCAAGGGGAGCCUUUGUUAAUCUCCACAGUGGAAGAACUGACAGAUGCCUUCUACUACAAACUUCAGACCUUGCAAGACUGCAGUGCCCAGGCCCCUCCACCCAGGCCCCCCAAAACCAAGCAAAUGUGCAGCAGCUCAGCCAAGCCUAAGCAACCCCCGGGGCCUAAGAAAAAGGCCCCAGUGCCGCUGCCUGAACUCCCCACCAGAAAACCCAAAGCCUCAUCCUUGCCACAGGCCUCCAAGGGCUGCUCACAACUGUAUAGCAAAUCCUGCAAAGUUCGGAAGCCACUCAUAAAGACCUCAGGGACUGGUACAGAGAAGAGGGAAUCUGCUACUGAUUCUGACCAUGACUAUGAGAGUCCUGACGAGGAGCUUAAGCAAACCAUAAAGAGAAUGGCAGAGACCAUACUUCCCUACUGUGACCACGACUAUGAGUAUCUGGACGACUUCAGUUCAAGCAAACCAUUCAGAUGAUGGAUGAGGCUAAUGCUUCCCUACAAGGACCAAGAGAGGAAGGACUCCAAAGAUGACAACUCUACCAGCCUCCCACUGUUCCUAGGUGUCCAGCUCAGAACCAACAUGGGGGUGGGGUGGGGGGAACAAUUCCUGACUCAGAGAUCCAGACCUUUCACACUACUGCCCUCCAUUCAUCUUCAUAGUCCAUGCUCCUGAGCUCCAGCUCCCACACUGGGCUUCCGAUUGAUGAAGGCUCACUCUAUCUAGUUCAGCCCAGGACUGUUGCUCUCUUGGCAUUUUCAUUCCAUGCUGCCCCCGGUAUAUCCCACAUCCUUUCCAAGUCUUGUUCUGGGAACAAUAAUUAAAUCAUCACUACCAUUCCUAGAAUAGGGUGUGUCAAUCAGUGGUCCUUUGAUUUCACCCACCAUCUCUGUGGUCAAAACAGCAAAGCCAAAACACCUUCCCAUGCCCAUCACUCCCAUGUGGAUAUUGUCUUCCCCAUUAGAGUGUAAGGUCCUUCCAGAAACAGAACAAUUUAUGCAACAACAACAUUGUAAAGACAAAGAACUCUGAAAAACUUGAGAACUCUGAGCAAUGAAAUGGCCAACCACCAAUCCAGGGGACUCUUAAUGAAGUAUGCCAUCCACUUCCUGACAGGGAGGGAGGUGAUCCACUCAGGGCUGGUGCAGACUAAGAUAAAUUUUUUUGGACAUUGCCAGUACAAGAAUUUGCUUUGCUUGACUGUGCAUAUUUGUUACAAGACUUUUGCUUUUCUUUUUUCUCCUCCAAUGGGGGAAG